UCGUACUUGUAAUAUUUUCGUCGUUAUUUACCUUAUUAAUUAAGUAAUAUAAUUUUGGCUAUAUUUGACUUAUUUAUUACUAGUGAUUUUGUAUUGCUAGUUUUCUAAAUUUUUUGACAAAAAUAUUUCGAAAGUAACAUAAAUGUGGAUAAACGUGACAAGCAGAUUUUGGAGUCGAUCUUGUGCUCGUUCUGUGAAAUUAAACAAGUGUUAGCGUUCGAGUGUUUGAUUUCUGUGACAGAAAGUCUGUUCUAAGUUACGACGUUAACUUAAGAGGCUUGAAAGAAAGAAUUUGGCAAAGUUAUGGCUCGUCGAUAUGAUUCAAGAACAACAAUAUUUUCUCCUGAAGGGAGACUUUAUCAAGUUGAAUAUGCCAUGGAAGCCAUUGGACAUGCAGGAACUUGUCUAGGAAUACUAGCCUCGGAUGGUAUAGUGUUAGCUGCAGAAAGAAGAAACACUAAUAAAUUACUUGAUGAAGUAUUUAGUGCAGAGAAGAUUUAUAAGCUACACGCUGACAUGGCAUGCAGUGUAGCAGGUAUCACCUCUGAUGCAAAUGUUCUCACAAAUGAACUACGGCAGAUUGCUCAAAGGUACUUGCUGCAGUUUGGUGAAUCAAUACCCUGUGAGAGACUCGUCAGUUGGUUAUGUGAUCUGAAACAAGCUUAUACCCAGUAUGGAGGAAAGAGACCAUUUGGAGUUUCAAUACUGUACAUGGGUUGGGAUAAACAGUUUGGAUAUCAGCUGUACCAGUCUGAUCCUAGUGGCAACUAUGGUGGAUGGAAAGCUACAUGCAUUGGCAACAACAGUGCUGCAGCAGUGUCUAUCUUGAAGCAAGAAUACAAAGAAGGAAAAACCACACUCAAAGACGCUUUAGCUCUUGCUAUUAAAGUUUUCAGCAAGACUCUGGAUAUGACUAAACUAACAGCUGAUAAGUUGGAAAUGGCCACUUUAACAAGAGAAAAUGGUAAGACAAAGAUCCGUAUUUUGAAUCAGAAUGAUGUACAACCAUUGAUCCAACAACAUGAAGAAGAGGAGGCCAAAGCAGAAGCAGCAAAGAAAGAAAAGGAAAAAUCUAAAAGUUAACUUUGAUAAAAGUAGAUGUUUCAUCUUUGUCAGUGUACUUGUAUUACAUUUUUUCCUCUGAACCGUAAAAUAAAAAUAUCUUUAACAAAGAGUA